AUGGCGCCCGCCAUCUACAAGAAGCCCCCGCAGCUGCCGCCCAAGUUCACGGCCACGCCCGACAGCUUGGUCAAGGAUACAAAGGCCUUGAUUGACAGGUCGCGGAAAAUACAGGAUGGUCUUGUGAAGGACGUAACGACCGCGAGCGCCAACUUCAAGAAUGUCCUCCUUCCCGUAGCGCUCGACGACAACAAGAUGGCCAUCGAGUCCCACAUCAUCGGCUUCUACCAAGCCGUGUCCACGGAUAAAGCCCUCCGCGAUGCGUCGACCGAGGCAGAGAAGUUGCUGGACGAUUUCAGUAUCGAAUCUAGCAUGCGCGAGGACGUCUUCAGGCUCAUCGACGCCGUCCUACAGAAGAAGGAGUCCCUGGAUGCGGAGUCGCAGCGACUGCUCGAGAAAGACCACAAGUCAUACAUCCGGAACGGCCUCAACCUACCUGCGGGUCCAAAGCGCGACCGCUUUAAGGAGAUCAAACAGCGGCUGAGCGCUAUCAGCAUCGAGUUCCAGAAGAAUCUCAACGAGGAACAGGGUGGCAUUUGGUUCACCAGAGAAGAGCUGGACGGUGUGCCCGAUGAUGUUGUGGACGGAUUGAAGGUUGGCGAGGGCGAGACCAAGGGCAAGCUUUGGCUGACGUUCAAAUACCCGGAUCUGUUCCCCACGUUGAAGUACGCCACCAAUGCGGAAACGCGCAAGCGUGUCUUUGUCGAGAACGAAAACAAAUGCAAUGACAACGUGCCUUUGUUCCGCGAGGCUAUUCUCCUCCGGGAUGAAGCCGCCCGCCUCCUUGGAUACAACAAUCAUGCCGAGUUCCGGAUAGAAGACAAGAUGGCUAAGACGCCCAAGACAGUCGAUGAUUUCUUGGGAGACUUGCGCACGCGCCUUGCACCUGGCGGUCAGACGGAGAUCAAGAAGCUAUUGGAGCUGAAGCAGGAAGACCUCAAGGCGCGGAGUCUAGGUGAUGAUAACUCCAAGUACUUCCUCUGGGAUCACCGCUACUACGACCGAUUGAUGCUGGAGAGGGAUUUCCAGCUCGACCAGCAGGUUAUUGCCGAGUACUUCCCUCUUCAAACCACCAUCCAGGGUAUGCUGAAGAUUUUCGAAGAGCUCUUUGGUUUGGCAUUCGUCGAAAUUACUGGCGAGGACCGUACCGCACUGGCCGAUGGAGGAAAGGGCUCGGAUAUUGUCUGGCACGAAGACGUUCAAGUCUUCAGCGUGUGGGAUGAUGAAGGCGAAGGCGCCGGCUUCGUUGGCUAUCUCUACUUGGAUCUUUUCCCCCGUGACGGCAAGUACGGUCAUGCGGCGAACUUCAACCUACAGCCCGGUUACAUUGACGAGAAUGGCAAACGACGCUACCCUGCCACGGCUCUUGUAUGCAACUUCUCAAAGCCGACACCGAAGAAGCCAUCGCUGCUCAAACACGACGAGGUAGUCACGCUUUUCCAUGAGCUCGGUCACGGUAUUCACGACCUUGUCUCGAAGACCACCUACUCGCGCUUUCACGGCACGAAUACGGUUCGCGACUUUGUGGAAGCGCCCAGUCAAAUGUUGGAGAACUGGUGCUGGACGCCUUCGCAACUGCGGUCUCUAUCACAUCAUUACUCGCAUCUCUCCCCUGAAUACGAGGCUGCAUACAAAGAAGCAUCAGGUGCAGACAAGAAGCCCGCUGAUCAGAUUCCCAAUUCACUCAUCGCGAACUUGAUCAACACAAAGCAUGUCAAUGAUGCGCUGUUCAACCUGAGGCAGCUCCACUUCGGCAUGUUUGAUAUGACUGUUCACGAGCCAAAGAGCCACGAAGACAUUGAGAAAUUGGAUAUAACGAGUACCUACAACAGGCUUAGGCACGAGAUCUCACAACUUAAUGGACCUGAGGCCCUUGGUGGCGACUGGACCUGGGGCAACGGACAGGCUACGUUCGGUCACCUGAUUGGCGGUUAUGACGCUGGUUAUUACGGUUAUCUUUCAUCGCAGGUCUAUUCUACAGAUAUGUUCUACUCGGUCUUUAAGGAGGAUCCGAUGAACGGCAAGGAAGGUCGACGGUACAGGCACACUGUCCUCGAGCGCGGUGGUAGCAAGGAGGAGAUGGAUAUCUUGGAGGAAUUCUUAGGACGCAAGCCGAGUACUGAGGCUUUCUACAAGGAGCUCGGCAUCUCGAAAUAG